AUGGGUCACGUGACGGCUGCGCAGUGUUGCCUAGGCAGCGGCUGCGGGCGGAAAGAGGGAGGGGGCCGGUCCUCCGCCCUGGGCCGGCCGCCGGGCCACCCGGCCGCGACACAGACGCUAGCCACGAGCCGCCGGAGCCGUGAGCUGGAGCCAAGCGCGCUGAGGGCUGGCCAGUCAGGCAAUCAACCUUCCUGCCCCAUUCUCUGGAGGAAGACAGCCUUUCCUACGCGUGGCUCCAGCUUCCUGCUUCUCAGAACCCUCUCUGUGGCCCACAUCUUGUCUUGGAUAAAGGCCUGCAACCCCACCAUGAGUGCAGAGCUCAAUGUGCCCAUGGAUCCCUCUGCCCCUGCCUGCCCUGAACCCGGCCAUAAGGGCAUGGAUUACCGAGACUGGGUCCGACGCAGCUACCUGGAACUCGUCACGUCUAACCACCAUUCGGUGCAGGCACUGUCCUGGAGGAAGCUGUACCUGAGCAGGGCCAAGCUGAAAGCUUCCAGCCGGACCUCGGCCCUCCUGUCUGGCUUCGCCAUGGUGGCCAUGGUAGAGGUACAGCUGGAGACCAAGUACCAAUACCCUCAGCCCCUGCUCAUCGCCUUCAGCGCCUGCACCACGGUGCUGGUAGCUGUGCAUCUGUUUGCUCUGCUCAUCAGCACUUGCAUCCUACCCAAUGUGGAAGCGGUGAGCAACAUCCAUAACCUCAACUCCAUCAGCGAGUCGCCGCACGAGCGCAUGCACCCGUACAUCGAGCUGGCCUGGGGCUUCUCCACCGUUCUGGGCAUCCUGCUUUUUUUGGCCGAGGUGGUACUGCUCUGCUGGAUCAAGUUCCUCCCGGUGGAUGCCAAGGAUCAGCCCGGUUCCCACAGCCACACGGGCUGGCAGGCCGCUCUGGUGUCCACCAUCAUCAUGGUACCCGUGGGGCUCAUCUUCGUGGUCUUCACUAUCCACUUCUACCGUUCCCUGGUGCGGCACAAGACGGAGCGCCACAACCGUGAGAUCGAAGAACUGCACAAGCUCAAGGUGCAGCUGGAUGGGCACGAGCGGAGCCUGCAGGUAGUGUGAGGGAGGCCGCUGCGAUUUGAUACCAACCUGCACGGGAGGGCAACCCUCAGGUCACCACGCAGCCGACUGGAGUAGCCAAGGGGACCACCAGAUAAACCCGGGCUGCCUGAGGUCCACCACACAUCCCAGGAGCCACAGUGGGGAUUGCUAAACACUGCCCAGAUGCUGCUCCAAUAAUUCCAUACUCCUGUCCUCGCACGAAUAAGGGUCUAAAAGGAGUGAGAAAGCAUCCGUUUCAUCUUGGAGGCCGGAGGAAGAAACACGACCACGUGGCCCUGGGGACUUCCUGGUCCGAGCACUGUAGAUCUCAGAUAUGUGGACCUUGUGAUUGGCAGGGUAGGGUGGUGAAUUCCCAAAGCCGGCUGGGGGCUCGGGCUCAGGUGGGAGAGUGUUUGCCUAGUGUGCCGGAAGCACUGCCUAAACCGGGUCAUCCCGGGUCAUCCCGGGUCAUCCCAGGGUCAUCGCAGUGCUAAGGAGGAGGAAGAAGUUAGAUCAGGGCUUCAAAGCUGUUCUCUGCUACAUGGUGAGUUUGUGGCUACAUGAAACAGACACGCGCACACACGCACACACACACACACAUGUACACAUGCACACACAAAGAAUAGGCUGCUUGAGCGUGCAGAGGUGGGCCCGGGGCUGGCACAGGGUAACAUGGCUUAUGAUGAAAGGCAGGGAUGUUUUCCCCGAUCUGUAGCUCAGCUUGCCUCUUUCCUCCCAAUUGGAAAGGGCCAUGGAGUGUUCAGGACCCUGGGGCACACAGCAGCUCGAGAAGGGUAACAGAUACCGUUAUUGGAGUCGGGAGUUUCCUGGUUCUAGAGAGACAGCCAUGGUUCUAGAGGGCAGCCAUGCCCCACUCCCCGUGGACUGUGUCAGUGCUGGCAGGGGCACCAUCUCAGAGACCAGGCAGCUCAGAUCCCUUCUGCCUGCGGCCCCCAGAUGUUGAGAGGAUAAACUGGAGAGACUUCCUGUUUUUGCAAAGUGGUUAGCCCUGUGGUUAGGCCUGUGGGUGGGGCAGGGACCUGGCCCAGCCUAAUAUAGGCAGCUAUUCCCUGUAAUGAGGCUGACUAUGGGCAGAGAAGGGGAGACUUCAACACCCCAUUUCUGGGCCUGCCAGACUCUCCAUGCAGGUCCCUGCCCCGUGUUUACACAGCUGUGCAUGCGUUUGGCAUUGUCACUACGGGCAUCUGGCCACCCAGUUGGUGUUGUCAUGCAUACUGUGCCGUACCGCACCAGCUUGUAUGGGAGCCAGCACUUACCCAUUUCUGUAGCAUUGCCUAGAGGGCUGACGUCUCUUACUCUGUAUAUAAAUGGUCGCUGGGCUCCCGAGAGCACCACUUCCGUCUCUUACAACAGCUUUUCUCUGGAGUCUGGAUUUGGUGCCCGUGGAAUCCUAGAGGGCCCCGUCCCCAUCCUGAAGACUCUGGAAAUGGGACAUACUGCCAAGCAUAAACUUCAACACACAGAGGGCCCAGGGGAGCCUGGUGGAGAUCUUCCUUGUAAACUGUGACAUCAGUGGACAGCCAGGACAAAGUGUCCUGUGAACCCAGGAGAAACGCCCUCUAUCUUUCAAAGGCUGUGUGUCCUUCAACACCCUCAGCCCCCGCACACAUCUGUCUGAGACCCCUUGUGUUUCGGACCUCUGUUUUCCUGGGGUCUUUCGGGAAAGCCAGCCUAGUUUGAUCUGUUUGUUUUGCUAAAGAAUGCUAGAAUCCUGGGUGGACAAGAUGGCUCAGUGGGUAAAGGCGUUUGCCACCAAGCCUGGAGACCUGAGUUUAGUCCCAACCCUCUGACCCACAACCAAGUGAAUACGACGAGAAAAAUGAUUUACUGUCAGCAUCCCUGUACGAUGGUGUGCAAGCAGGGGAAGAGAAGAUGGCCUUUGGAAUGAGGCGCUCCCCACUCUUGGGCACGUUCUGAAACGGCUUGCUUGGGGCUAAGGCUGGAGCCCAGUUGGUUGUGUGCUUGCCUAGCAUACAUGAUAACUAGCAGCUCAGAAUCCACACAUGGCCAGGGGUGGAGACGGAAGGAUCAGGAGUUGAAGGCCAGCUUGGGCUGGACAGACUCUGUAUCAGAAAAAAGGGGAGGGGUGCUGCAGAUGGCCCCCCCAGGAAUGCUUACUGCUCUUGCAGAGGCCCAGCAUUCAUCUCAGCACCUACGCAGGGCAGCUCACAACGGCCUGUGACUCAAGUUCUAGAGGAUACAACACCCUCUUCUGGCCUCUGCAGGCACCCACACACGUGCCCAUAUUUACACAUACAAAAUAAAAAGGGGAAUCCCUGCUAAACAUUGAGUCCACUCCUUCUACCCAUUUUCUGAGGCCAUUUGGUGUCUCCGCUCACGGGGCACCUGGCACUAGAGCCGUGUGGGACUCCUGCCGUUCGUCAGGUUCUCCCGUUAGUCUUCCUAGUGCUCAGCAUGGGACAGCCAUCUGUGUGUGAGCAGAGGCGUCAGCCCAUGUGGUCCCCCACGGGCAGGAGUCACAGGGCCAUCCCACAGUUUUGUCAGGAGUUGGUGGAUAAGCCCUCCCUGCGACCAGUGGCGGAAGCCAGCGGGCUCAAGGCUGGAAGUUCGGUUUCUGGAGGCAUAACCUGAUUUUGAAUCUUGUUCUAGCUGCAGCCACGUGGCUAGAACCACUGGGGGCCCCUGGGACAGGCACAGGCUCGCCCUAAUUUUAUCUAUCCAAGAUUUAGCCCUUCCUGGUGCUCAAGGGACCCGUGUCCUCAGACACACCAAGGCCCUUCCCAACAUGGCCUCCCCGCAUCCUCAACCACAGUCUCUAAAUUCAAGUGUUUCUACGUAAGACAUUUCAAAGGCAGAACAUGAUUGGUGUCUUUCAGGAAAGGCUACUGCAAAGAAACUACAGGAGCCCUGAGGGCUCAAGACUGUACCAUUAUUUCUGCAGGACACUGUAAAUAACUCCUUUUCUGGGUGUGGAUUUUUUUUUUUUUUUUUUGCAGUUGCCCC